AUGCUGCCAGCGGUGCGCAGACUUUCUUCCAUUGCGCACGGCCUCUCGCCAUCUACGCGGCCAGGCUUCAUCAGGGCUGAUGAAAUAGAAAAGCUCUUCGCAUCCAUGAAGCUCUUUAAUAUUUCUUCGUCACCACCAGCAUCUGAGGUGAAUGGAGAAAACAAGCCGUCUGCAACUCCUGCCAGCCAUAUGAUUCGCAGACCAACAAAGACAGAAUUGGCUACUAUCAGACUGUUCCCAAAGGGUAGAUUUACAGUUUCAUUUGUAGUGGUGCAGUUUCUGCGCAACCAGGACUAUCCAUUUCAGCCAAGGGCCUUGUUACAGCCGCUUUCGAGCACCACAUCUUCCGAGGACGAUAGCAAUCAGCUUUACCUUACCCCUAGCUCGGAAAAUUCGCCAUUUGCGGCGCCGAUUUUCUUUGCCAAUGUCAAGAAGAAACGGAAAUCACGUAUGAAUAAACACAAACGCAAGAAGCGCAGGCGGGCUCUGCGCUAUAAGGCGUCAUCGAAUAAAUAA